GCCCACUUCACCCGCCCCGGAAGUGCAACGAUCGAGGUUGUACAGGUGCGGAUUUCGCCGGCGAGGCGGCUCUUUUCGAGAUGCCGGGAGCCGCAGCCAAUGGCUCGGAGUUGUACGAGAGCAUCGAGAGUUUCGUGGAGGCCCUGAAGCGGGGCGGCGGGCGGCGCAGCUCCGAGGACAUGGCUCGGGAGACCCUGGGGCUGCUGCGCCGGAUCAUUACGGACCACCGCUGGAGCAAUGCAGGGGAGUUGAUGGAACUGAUUCGCCGAGAGGGCCAGAGGAUGACAGCUGCGCAGCCCUCAGAGACCACGGUGGGCAACAUGGUGCGGAGAGUGCUCAGGAUCAUCCGGGAGGAGUAUGGCAGACUCCAUGGACGCAGCGAUGAGAGCGAUCAGCAGGAGUCCUUGCACAAACUCUUGACAUCCGAAGGCCUGAGCGAGGAUUUCAGCUUCCAUUACGCCCAACUCCAGUCCAACAUCAUUGAGGCAAUUAAUGAGCUGCUUGUGGAACUGGAAGGGACAACAGAGAACAUUGCAGCCCAGGCUCUGGAGCACAUCCACUCCAAUGAGGUGAUCAUGACCAUUGGCUUCUCCCGAACAGUAGAAGCCUUCCUCAAAGAGGCGGCCCGAAAGAGGAAAUUCCAUGUCAUUGUGGCAGAAUGUGCUCCUUUCUGUCAGGGUCACGAAAUGGCAGUCAAUUUGUCCAAAGCAGGUAUUGAGACAACUGUCAUGACUGAUGCCGCCAUUUUUGCUGUUAUGUCAAGAGUCAACAAGGUGAUCAUUGGCACAAAGACCAUCCUGGCCAAUGGUGCCCUGAGAGCUGUGACAGGAACUCACACUCUAGCACUGGCAGCAAAACACCAUUCCACCCCGCUCAUCGUUUGUGCUCCCAUGUUCAAGCUUUCCCCACAGUUCCCCAAUGAAGAAGAUUCAUUUCACAAGUUUGUGGCCCCUGAAGAAGUUCUGCCUUUCACAGAAGGGGACAUUCUGGAGAAGGUCAGCGUUCACUGCCCCGUGUUUGACUACGUCCCCCCAGAGCUCAUUACCCUCUUUAUCUCCAACAUUGGUGGGAAUGCGCCUUCCUACAUCUACCGCUUGAUGAGUGAACUCUACCAUCCUGAUGAUCAUGUCCUAUGACCACCAUUCAUUCUAAGCAGAAGCUGCUUAGCCAGAUAUGGAAUGGAGAGGGACUUCAGUGCGACUGCUGAAAAUCAAGUCCUUGGAAUGGGGAGUGAACUGGAGCCAACCUAAAAAACUUAAUACCGUUUCCUGCCUUUUUAGGCAUCCCAUAACAAGGACACACAUUCAGGUCUGUCUUCUUGCCCUUCUGAUCUUAACAGCAGCAGCGGGCCUUGACCUAUUAAUUUUGUAGCCUCUUGGGGCGCCUGGCUGGCCGUCGGUAGAGCGUGCGACUCUUGAUGCUGGGGUUAUGAGCUCUGUUCCCACGCUGGGCACAGUUUACUGUAAAAAUUUGUUCUUUGGAACCUCUUAGAGACCUGGGGAGUCUGUUUUAGGAACUUAAACUUUCUGGUUCAGUGGGGCGUUAAACAUAACACUGAAGACCUUGAUGGGAUAUAGGUUUUUGCCCAGAAAUGGCUACCACACCUUUUCCUGGGCUGUGCCAAUAAAAGCUGCUUGAAGAUUC